GGGGCAGGGGGGCUGGUGUCAGGGUUUCAGAGGAAGUCGGUCUUCAGUCAGACUCCGUUUGACUUCAGCCCCAACAACAACAGAGAAAGAGAGAUGUUGGUCCAUUCUCUGCUGCUGUCGAUCGCCCUGAGCUGCUGCUGCUCUGCUCAAGAUCCUCCUGGUCCUCCAUUGAUCCAUCUGAACUCCGUCCACCUGCCGAAUCAAACUGAGAGAGUUCUGAUCGCCGGCUCUGCCUUCUCCCUCCAUUGCCAUGGUAACGGGUCGAUCCAUUGGUCCUCCACUUCGUUUCGUCUUCAGUACUAUGACAAACUGCCAGACCCGGUGGAGGUCAAAAAUGCAGACCCAAGGCAUACCGGGACGUACCGCUGUGGAUACGUCACCCCGGGCCUGGAACACCUGGACACCUGGGUCCACCUGUACGUCAAAGACCCGACUGACCCCUCCAGUGUGUUCGUCACUACUCGCUUGUCCCCUGAUGUCAGAGAAGGCCAGGACUUCCUGCUCGAGUGUCUGCUGACUGACCCAUCCAUUCAAAACCUCACCCUCCAAUCAGAGGACAGCGCUGGGGGCUGGGGGAGCCUGCCCCAGGGCAUGAAUGUGACCUUUGACCCCCGAAAAGGAGCCCUGAUCCGAGACCUACAGAGGUCGUUCAACGGGCGCUAUGUCUGCUCAGGCUGGAAGGACGGGAGACAGUACAGAUCCACACCUGUUGACCUGCUGGUGGUCCCCAGGCUGCGUCAUCCUCCCUCCCUGUCUAUCACCCAGGAUGCAGUCGUCCGUCUGGAGGGAGAAAAGUUUGAAGUCACCUGUGUGACCAGUAACCCCUCCCACUUCUACACUGUCACCUGGACACACCCGAACAUACAGAUGCUGAACGUGACCAUCAGCUAUCACUAUAACAACCGCCUGUACAUCAACAACACUCUGACUGUCUCUGCCGUCAGUCUGAAACACAGCGGACCAUACACCUGUACCGCUGUCAACGAAGCUGGAGUCACCAUGGCAACCACACAGCUCAGAGUUCUAGAUCAUCCUUACCUAAGCAUCUACCUGAAACUGACACAGCAAGCUAACGAACCAACCAGGACCAAAGAGAUGCAGGGGGACCUGUUUGCUAACAUUAGCAUUAUGCCAGUGGAGGUGCAACGAGAGCUAGACACUAACAGUAGCAGCAAUUCAGUGGAAGUGAAUGGAGGAAUGAUCGUUAAUGUUAACCCCAACGGAUCAGAUGUGAAUGGUGCUAGCAGUGCUAACAUUAGCGGCAGUACCAGGGUGGAGGUGUAUGAAGGCCAAGAUGUGACACUAACAUUUGUGGUGGAAGCAUAUCCUCCAAUCAGGAACCAGGACUGGACAACACCAACACACAUCAAUAGCAGGAAUAGCAAGGAGAGCUACACUGCUAACGGCUACAGGUCGGAGGCAAGCCUGCUGCUGCUGAGGGUCCGUCAGGGGGAUCAAGGUCGAUACUCAUUUAAUUUCUCGAACUCAUUCUUCAGCGGCUCACAGAACAUCGAUCUCAGAAUCUACCGUUCUCCGAGCGCCGUGGUCAGUCUGCAGAACGACACUCUGACCUGCAGCAGCUCUGGAUAUCCACUACCCACAAUCCUCUGGUACACCUGCCCUGGUGUCCAGGACACGUGUGGAGAUGUCUCCAUCUAUCAGGUGACUAACCAGGUGGAGGAGGAGGAGGAGGAGGAGGAGGAGGAGGUGAGGAGACACCUCCCUCUCUCAGCUGGUGAUCAGCUGGUUGAGUGUGUCGCCUACAGUGAGAUGGGAGAGUCACGUGACGUCUUCAGACUCCAACCUGAGACACUCUUCGCUCCGGCUCUGAUCGGAGCUGUGAGUGUUGCUGCCGUCCUCCUCCUGCUGCUGCUGGUCGUCUUUUACAAGUGGAGACAGAAACCCAAAUAUGAGAUUCGCUGGAAGAUCAUCGAGAGCACUGAUGGAAACAACUACACCUUUGUUGACCCCACCCAGCUGCCAUACAACCACAAGUGGGAGUUUCCACGAGACCAACUCCACCUCGGUGCUGUUUUGGGUUCAGGGGCAUUCGGGAAGGUUGUCGAGGCAACAGCAUACGGUCUGGGAACCGACAACAACGUCACCAGAGUCGCCGUCAAGAUGCUCAAACCGAGCGCUCACUCGGAGGAACGUGAGGCUCUGAUGUCCGAGCUGAAGAUCCUCAGCCAUCUUGGUUACCAUGACAACAUUGUUAACCUGCUGGGAGCCUGCACUCGAGGAGGCCCCAUGCUGAUGAUCACAGAGUACUGUAGCCAUGGUGACCUGCUCAACUUCCUGCGGGCUCAUGCUCAGGACUUCCUGACGUCGAUUUUGAGCGUGGAUGAAGUUGAGGAGGAGGCUUUCUACAAAAACAUGGCUGCUCAGAAUGCCAGGCUCAGGAGUGACAGUGGGAUCUCGUGCUGCUCAGAGUAUCAGGAGAUGCUGCCGACUCUGAGUCCAGGACAAACCCACCAGGGUGUACAGACAGACAGCCUGUCUGUUGGUGACCUCAUGAGGUUUUCCUACCAGGUGGCUCAGGGUUUGGACUUUCUGUCCACCAGAAACUGUAUCCACAGAGACGUAGCAGCGAGGAAUGUCCUGCUGACUCAUCGUCGUGUUGCAAAGAUCUGUGAUUUUGGUUUGGCUCGAGACAUUCGCAACGACGACAGCUACAUCGUUCAGGGAAACGCCCGUCUCCCAGUGAAGUGGAUGGCUCCAGAAAGCAUCUUUCAGUGUGUUUACACCGUGCAGAGCGACGUCUGGUCGUAUGGAGUCUUACUGUGGGAGAUCUUCUCUCUGGGUAAGAGUCCAUAUCCAAACGUUGCCGUGGAUACUAACUUCUACAAGAUGAUCAAAGAUGGCCGCCACAUGGCUCAACCAGACUUUGCUCCAGCAGAGAUGUAUCAGCUGAUGACUCUCUGCUGGAGCCUGGAGCCCACUGACAGACCCACCUUCAACACCAUUGGUCAGCUCAUCAACAGGCUCCUCCCCUCCACCAAUGACUCGUCGCCACAUCACGGCCACAAGCCGACAUACAGGAACAUCGACGAGUGCAGAGAAGAAGAAGAGGAGGAGGAGGAGGAGGUGGGAGGAGGAGAAACACUGAAGAGAGGAGAAGAAGAAGAGCGCAGGCAGAGAGAGCACCAUGAUGAUGAAGACGAGGAGAGGGAGCCAAUGAUGACAAACAUCUACCAGCUCUCCUGAUCUCGUCCAAUCAGAACCUGGUUCAUUCUCUCACUUUUAGUUUGUUGACAAGUUGACGUUGUGUUUCUGAUGAGGUGAAGAUCCUCCUCACUGCUGAAAACUUUAUCGACAAACGGUUACGUUGAAAUGAAACCUUUAUUCAAACAGUCGGCCUGAACAGAUGAGAGGAGAGUGUGGAGUUGUUCUCAUUAAGCUGAGGUUCUGGACAAUCCUUCUUCUUGUUCUUUGUCCCUGUGACUCGUUAAAGACUCGACAGAGAUGAAGACCAUCAUCUUCUCCUCCAGGUUUUGAAGAGGUCUCGUCUCAGAGUCAAUGUGUUUCUGGUUAAAUGUCUGAAAUAAGGUCUGUGGUUUUAACACAAGCUCAAGACAUUUUCAGGUUUGAUUCUCUGACAUAAAAUCGGUCAGUAAAUCCCCCACUCCUGAUGUUUGAAGCUUUUACGUGUCUUAAAAAAGGCGGUUGCUAACGAGUGUGAACUGUUGAAAACCUCCAACCUUCACAUUCACGUCAUGUCGCUCUUUCAUCAACCAUACAACAGCUGUGUCUCCACUGGUCCCUGACUGGCUCAGGGAUGUGAUUGGACCAACAUCUGCUACUUUGUUUCAUUUCCUUUGUUAAACCUGCAGAGCCUCUGUCGCCCCCUUCUGGCAGUGAGAGUAAUUACACUGUAAAUACACUGCAGUAAGACAGCUGUGACUCCCAUCAGCCCCUUCUCUUCUUUCAGCUGCAGCAGUGAUCUGUGUUCAUCCUCGCAGCAGAAACUUUUCUUAGACUCGUCUGAGGUUUUUCCUCCCCCCUCAGCUCUGAACGACAGAUACAGUCGCCAGAUAACAAACGUUCAUUUAUAUUAAAGUUUAAACCUGAGAACUGUCGACAGAGCAGCGCCAAACAAACUCUGUGUCAUUUUCAAAAACUCUCACCACUAGAUGUCACUAAAUCUUAAACACUGCUUCUGUAGUGAAGAUGACACAACUUUAUUUUGGACAAGACACAAAUCAAUUUCUUAUAUUUUCUGUAAAUAUUCACCAAAUGUUUCUUUCUGACGCCCACCGAACACACUCUGCUGUUAGAAAUGUUAUUUUCAGUUUUUACAGUUCAGUAUUUUGAGCUCUUCUUCUUCAUGUGAUUAAAGUGUGUAAAUUCAUGUUACAGAGGGACAGAUUAGGUCUGAACUCCGGCAGCUACAGAAACGUCUCAUUCAGCUGAUUUCAACCUGUUUCUCCAUCAACUGAAUUAAAUCUGUUAUUAAUCAGAUCAUGAUCCUGUUUGUUUACAUGUAAAAUAAAUUCAUACUAACAUCAGA